AUGGAUUACUCAAGGCAUUAAGGUGGUUCAGUUACUGCACGCCAUCAUAAUCUGGCUCAUCUCAGAACUAAUUUAGGACCAGCAGGAACUUAUAGGGAUCAUUAAGAUUACAUCCCACCAGAAAUUUAACAACAUCAAGAAGAGGUAAAGGAGCAGAUAGUAAGGAAUUUAGAGAUAACUAAAAAUCCAAAUCUAUACUCUUACCCAGAAGUCUUAAAUUAUAAUGAAUACGACUAAUUCGUAAAGCACUAAAAAGAUGAUAGAAGGGAUAGGCAUUUGAUGCUGAGAACUGAUGAUAUCGAAGGAGCCACUCACAAAAUGUUUAAUCGAUAGCAUAAAUAUGGAAUUAAAACCACGAAUUUCUUCCCAGAAAUACCCAAUGUCAAUAGCUUUUACAAUAAACUUAACCAUGGUCUUGAAGCUAAUAACAUUCUAACUCACAAUACUCCCUCUAGAAUUCCAAAUAAAGCCUCUAUUCUCAAAUAGGAUUUUAAUAAUGAAGACGGUAGAAGGUCAAGAGGCUAUAAUUAGCAAAGAUAUUAGUCUACAGCAAAUAUGAGAGAGUCUCCUCAAAAAUAGCAAUAAGAAGAUGAUUUAUCUUAAAUGAGGAUUAAUUCCUCUGUUCAACAGCUUGAUAUCAACAAUCUCCAUUCAUCUUUAUCAAAGGAAAAUAUAGUAUAGUCUCCAACUUAAUAAAUUCAUCUAGGCUUACAAAAACCUCUUUAGAAUGUGUAUUUCAGUAUUCAGAAUCACAAAGAUGCUGCAAGUGGGAGUUACACUGCUAGAGACCAAUAAAAGCAAAUACAAGUCCCAUCUAAAUAUGACAAUCUUCGGCCCUUAAUGACUGAUAAGUAUUAUUAAUAGCAAUAAAAUGGAAACAAUAUGAAUCCCAUUAUUCUAAGAUAAGAUCAAUUAGCUAAAAAUUCUCAGAAUGGUGAGAUUAAUUAUACAGAAUAAUAUAAGAAGAUGUAGUAGGAAAAGUAGAUGAACUAUUACCCAAUAAUAACCUCCAAGGACUCACCUUUUUCUUAGAUUUUAGAUAAGAAUUUCACUUAAUCAAGUAAUGAUUACGGAAACUUUGGCAAAAGUUAGGAAAUGGCUGCAUAUAUCAAGGAUCUUCAAAGCAGAAGGAGCUAAAUGUGA